GCCAUGGAAACCCAUUCCAUGAAGCUCUCUACACACUGUUGUUGGGCUCAUCUGAAGGCCACACCAAGUUUGGAGGUCUUUAGCUAUUGACUCUGCGGACAGUUGAAGCCGUCUGCAUGCCUAGGGGCUUGAUUGUAUACACCUGUGUCCAUGGAGGGGAUUGGAACACCUGAAUCACAUGAUAUGGAGGGGAUUGGAACACCUGAAUCACAUGAUUUGGAGGGGAUUAGAACACCUGAAUCCCAUGAUUUGGAGGGGAUUCAUCACAUGAUUUGGAGGGUGGGAAAA